AGUAUACGUGGCAAAUUCGAGAGAAGGGCUGCUACGAAUUACAAAAAUAAAAUAAAAUUUUGACAUUCUCGUAAACAUUGGAUUUAAUUGAAAAACACAUUAAGUUAUAACCCACUUUAUGGUGCAAUCCUACUAAUAUCAAUAUCAAGAUGGUGAUGCAUUUUAUGCUCUUAUUUAGUCGACAAGGGAAGUUGCGAUUGCAAAAAUGGUACGUCGCACAACCUGAUAAAGUUCGAAAGAAGACGACGAGAGAGUUGGUCACUACCAUUUUGUCCAGAAAACCUAAGAUGUGCUCUUUCUUAGAGUGGCGUGAUUUGAAAGUGGUUUAUAAAAGAUAUGCCAGCUUAUACUUUUGUUGUGCAAUCGAACAGCAAGACAAUGAACUCCUUACGCUCGAGAUAAUUCAUCGAUAUGUGGAACUUUUAGACAAAUAUUUCGGGAGUGUCUGUGAACUGGACAUAAUCUUUAACUUUGAGAAGGCGUACUUCAUAUUGGACGAGUUUCUCUUGGGUGGCGAAGUGCAAGAGACAUCCAAGAAAAAUGUGCUAAAAGCUAUCGCUGCGCAGGACCUCCUACAAGAGGAUCCUGAAUGGAUUGGAUUAGUACAAAGCCAAACUUCAAAAUUUAUCCGGAGGAGACGCCACAAGGCUUCUUUGAGGACCAUGGACUUGGAUAAUGAAUGUUUGAUAUAAUAAUUCAGGAAUUCACCCUUCUUUCGAUGACACCAACCAAUUACCUAAAAUAUGAUACAUUCCAUUAUCUACUCCAUCUAAUUUAGUAUGACACUGAUUCUUUCCUUCCAUGUUCAUGAAGCAGCACAAGUAUUACGUAUCACACCACAUAUUUUGUAGUUUGAAGUUUAUCAUUAAAGUUUAAUAAUAAAGAAUAAGACUUUAACAUUCAUUAAAA